AUGGCCGUCAAAGAUGGCGUUUCGCAUUACCCUACCGAACGCCUGAUAUCCAAAAAGGGUCGUAAACAUUACCGACUUCAAGUCAAAUCACAGCACUGGCAACUCCGCUCUCUCAUCGGCGCCGACAAUUCAGACACCGUAUACUUCCCCGGGGGCAAUAACAGCAGUCACAUCCAGCGCCUCAACGUCACGGCCGCCGAAUGCGAAACCCUGAAGCGGCUUUCCUUCUCCCCGAGAUGUCUCGUCGCCUCGAAAGGCUGGGUCUGCUGCGGUGGGGAGAACGGCGAGUUUUCGGCCAUUCACCUCGACGAAAGGGGUGACCCCAUUGAAUCCGAGCAGCGCCUCGAUCUCGACCCGGACAUGCGCCUUCCCCUCGACUUGCAAAGCUUUCGCAGCGACCCUGCCGCCUCUUCGGCCGUGUUCCACUCGCAGAUCAGCCGACUCAACUCGAGGCUCGGUAAGGGCUCGGUAGCCAAGAGCGUCAAGAUGGCGCGCGAUCGUGUUAACUGCAUCACCUUGUGGUUUCCGCCCGUCGGGGUCCCUCAACGUCAACAAGCGGGUAUCUAUAGCGACCCCGUGGCCGUCCUGGCGAACAACGACAAGUCUGUCGUCGUCGUCAGCCUCGGAGACUUUGAGACGAAAGCCAAGCCAGACCCGCUCGAGGUGAUCACCUAUCCCGACUACGUCAACCGCGCCGUCAUCUCGCCCGACGGCCGCAUCCUCGUGGCCAUUCUCGACGACCCCUAUCUCUAUGUCCACCAACGGGCCGAGAAGAAAGUGGACGAUCAGGAUCCUGCUGGGCCUUGGUCUGGGUCUGCGUCUGCGUCUGCGUCUGCGUCUGCGUCUGCGUCUGGGCCUGGCUCUGGCUCCAGGGGCUCGCCCGGGUACGAGUGGGCCCAGUGCCGCAAGAUCUUGCUCAAGAGCCAGCGCCGGGAGGAUCGGUCGGAUAGCCGCGGCAGCUUCGCCGCGUGCUUUUCCAGCAGCGGCACCUACCUGGCUGUGGGUACGCAGUAUGGCACCAUCUCCAUCUUCGUCACCCAGUCCCUGCUCGACCCGGACGCCGACCCUCUCCUGACCAGCUUCACCACCUCACGGCCCAUGACCAGCCAAGGCGCAGUGCGAGACAUGGAGUUCUGCCCCGGACCCUUCGACCUCCUCGCAUGGACCGAGGACCGCGGCCGGGUGGGACUUGCCGACGUGCGGACCGGUUUCGUGCAUCGACAAGACGUCGACAUCAGCGCCAGGGAGGGCGACUUUGAGCGACUCAGCAUCCCCAACGCCCCCGACGCGAGAGAUCGUGCCCACGCCAGUCGCAUCGUAGCGUCGGUUCUCCCUGCGAACGCGAGCACGUCGGAUUGGCGUCGGUUUAGAGAGGAAGUCCAGUCGUUGUACGGUGUGGACGACCGCGCGGGCGGACUGUCGCACGAGGAAACCGCCGUCCUCGAAGCGAUACAGACCGAGCGCCGGAGGAGAGAGCUGGCCGAACGCAUAGAAUCCCGCCUGGCCGGUCAACCGGGGUCCGGCAGUGGUACUCCCAGGUGGCAGGCACCCCCACCGCCACCACCACCUCCACCUAACAACCGUCCGGUGCCCCGCCUGGGGGGCGAUGCGGAGGACGACCAGGGUCGCUCGUCGAGGGAGCGCAGCAGUAGCAUCUCCAGGGCCCUGCGGCAACUUGACCGCGAGCGAGGCGACGGGGACGGGGACGGCGACGGGGACGGCGAAGGCGAAGGCGACGGCAGCAACACCCGUAACCUCACCAGCUGGAUGCGCGAGAGGGGCCAGGGCCAGGGCCGCAUGCACACCGCACAACGACGAGGGGAAGACAGCGGCGAACUGGGACGUCGGGGGAUACGCCCGCCUCCCCGACGGACUUCGACCCUCCGGCCGGUCGAGACCUCGCCUCCGGCCUUCGCGUCGACGAUUGUCAUGCCGCGAUCCGCGACGAACCGGUCCACCGCGCUGGCGAGCGCUUGGGACGACUUCGGCGCGUCGUACAACCGAUCGCUCGACUCCGACCCGGCCACUGCCGCGCGAUCGCUCGACGACGACACCGGCGAUGGCGCCAACACCAGAACGCAGAGGGACCGCGACUUCCUCUCCAUCCUGCCUUUUAUCAACGGGAUUUCGAGGAUGGUGGUCGACGCGAGGGUUCAUGACAGGGGCGUUCACGACGGCCCCCCUCAGCCGGACAACACUGCGGGCAUCUCGUGGAGCGAGGACGGUCGUGUCUUGUUCGUCGGAGCGGAGAAUGGGAUUUACGAGUUUCGUGUGGAUGUCCAGGGCCGAAAGUUCUGUCCCGAUGUGACGAUGAGAUGA